GAGAGAGAAAAUAAAAUAUACAUGCCAGCAUAAAAAAUGCGCUCAUAAAAAAAAUGGAAUGUAAACUUGAUCGUAGGUGUGACACCUCGAAUCACCUUCUAUUGUUAAAAAAGGUCAGUUUGUUGGCUUUAUUCCGGUUAUCGUUCUUAUAGGGCAAUGUCGGGCGAUGAUAAGGUUUAAUUGCUUCUCGAGAGAGCUUUGCAAUACUCUGAAUAUAUGUCAUCAACUAGACUGUGAAGGUCAAAACAUAUCAGUGAGAAUGACAACGCUUGUUUAGGAAAGUCACAGACCCAGUUUUGAGCGUGUGCGGAUCUUAGUUCAGCUCUAUAAGCACCUACCAUCAGCUUCUGCUCACUACCAGGACUGUACUGCAAACUUCAGCCGCCGACGGCAACUGAGUGCCCUCCUUCUCGAUCCCGUCACAGCAGCAGACAUUUGUCAUCUGUCCAGCAAUCAACUACCUCGGACUGUCAUCACUGUGAUUGACCAUGGCAGCCCUGAGCAUCGUCGUGGUCGUCUUCGGGGCCUUAGAAAACCUCAUCCAUGCCGGCGUCAUCUUUGGCUGGCCCUCACUCGUCUUCGUCCUCAAGGACAUUGGUUACUAUAGCGACAAGUGCCCCGAUGACCCGACCCCAACAGGUGCAAGCAGGAAGAACGCUACUACCGAGGCUGUUUACAAUACUUCGGGGACGAUGUCCAUCUCGACGACGACGACGUCGGGUGAAGUAUUGUGCGAGGAGCAGGAUGCUGCACUGGUCUUGGUAUACACGGUAGCCACGGUCAUCCUCCCCCUCAGCUUGCUACCAGCUGGAUAUCUCCUCCUCAUCACUGGUGUCAGAAACUCAAGAAUCGUUUUCAGUGUGAUGAUGAUAUGUGGUUACGUGUGUUUAGCUCUGAGUUCGCCUGAUAUACCAAGUCUACUCUACCCUGCAUCAAUCUUACUGGGGGCAGCAGGACUCAUCAUUAUCCUCGCAAGCUUCGAGAUUGCCAAUCUGUUUCCAACUCAAAAGUCAACCGUCAUUGGGGUGAUGAACGGCUGCUAUGAUACUUCAACGCUAAUCUUCCUUCUAAUAAAGCUCGCGUAUGAAAACGGAAUAUCGUUAGAAGUUUCCUCCCUGGUGCUCGCAUGUUCCACAAUCUUCUUCGGUGUCAACAUAUGCCUUCUUCCCCGUUAUCAUAUUCCAUGGCCCCUCCCCGACGACUACAGCCUUCAAUGCGCAUGCUCUCCAGAUCCCGAUGUCGAACGAGAAACAACGAGAAACAACGAGAAAGAGAUGGUCCUGAGGUUAAGUGAAGGAAAUUUACAGUCGAACUAUAAAUCGUGCGACGUAGGCACGCAGACAUUCGACUGCGAUAAUCUCGGGUUCGAAGACGAGGAGGUGUACAAAGUAAAAAAGAGGGUGUCGUUGUCUUUGGCGGAAGGCAGCAGCAAGGAUACAUCCAAACAAAAGUGGACCAAGGAAAGCACCUUGGGAAACCCCCUGGAGAGUAUCAAUGAGAAGACCCUGGCUAAACGCCGCGAGAGCGUCCACGAGCACAGUGCUGAGCAGAGGAGGGACGAGUUAUACCCGACAUUCUUCUCGUGUUUGAAGAGUCCGAUGUUUUUCUUCAUGUCGUUUUGGGCCAUCGUCAUCCAACUCCAGCUCCUCUUCGUGUUGGGGAUCAUGAACCCGUGGCUGACGUGGCUUGCCGAUGGCGAUCUCGACGAAGUGAGUCAUUACACCAAUGUUCUAGCUCUCAUGAGCUUCGUGAGUAUGAUUGGAGGCCCACUUGGCGGUCUGCUUUUAGACCGAAGAAAACUCACCUUGUGUUCGUCAGAAACAGUCUCAGAACCUGAGUAUGGGCCAUACACCGACCUACGAAACAGCUGGUUGGCAGUGACUUGCACUACUCUGAUGUCACUAGCCUACACGGCGUGCAUGCUGGUUCCGAUCCUCCCUCUCCAGUAUUUGACCUUUGCACUCUUGACAUUGUGCAGGUCAAUGUUGUACAGUGUGUCGGCAGGGGUUAUUCCACUCACGUUUCCGAUGAGAUAUUAUGGUAUCGUUUAUGGUAUGACCUACUUAUUGAUCGGUGUCUGUGGCUUUCUUCAGUAUCCGCUCUUCAUCCUCAUCCAAAAUGUGCUCUUUGGUGAUCCUGCAUAUGUUUUGAUCGGAUUUAUAGUGGCCAACCUCCUGACCUUCUCCUAUCCUGCUUACAUCAUCUACCACGUCAAAAACAAGAUGGCAACGAAUCAUGGAUAAGACACAGAACUCUAUAGAACACGAGAAAAGCUUCACAUUCGUUUAUAACUCUUACACAUAACAGGGCCUUUUUAAAGAGUGUGGCAGCUGGGCAAAAAACAUUGGAUAAGAUACAGGACUCUACCACGUUGCAUUUCACCACCUUAUGCUACUCACAGACGUAUCAGGGCAUGUUUUAAGAGUUUUCUUUAAGUUCUGCAUCGCCUGAACAAAUAUCAUUAAACAUGAUUGCAAAGGCUUUCAAGGAGUCAAUUAACUCGGAGAACAGUUUAGAUACCUUAUUUUAUUCCCUGUAGAAAUCAUGUUCGGAUGACGUGGUACGUCUCGUUCAUCAGUGUGUCUGUACGGUCCAACAUUUGAAGCAAAAGACCGCUGAAAGGUCGGGGUCGGUUUGAGAACGCUUUAAUUGAUAUUAUUGUUACCAUGGCUACAGUAUAUAUGGAGAAAAGUUUGUUCGACCGCCCUUACAGCUAUAUAGACGUAACAUAAAAAGCGCCUUUUUAAAGAGCCCUGCACAGGUUCGGUAACAGUCGGGUGAUCCGACAUUUGUUCCGGCGACAAUUGAUCCGGUCUUUAUCAAGUCAAAGGUAUAGGGGUAGGCUUGGGGUUACAGUUAGGUUUCAGGUUAAGUUUAGGUUAGAGGCCAUGGUUGGGUUUAGUGUUGGGUCAAAGGUUGAACUCGGUCAGUGUAGGAAUUACCGCUGAGAAAUAGUCACAGGAGCAAGUGGCGUAAAACCGGAACUGUCUUCGAUAUAAAUAUGAUUAUCUACAGAACCUCUUAAAUAAUUAGAUCAACUCGGUUCCGAUGGGUAAUAUCAUGGACCUAGGUCCGUGGUAAUACCCCCCGAUUCAUGGCUAUUAUGGUGACUCACCGUAACCUUUCAACCAAAAUGGCCACACUCCUACAUGUAUGUUUAUCUAGCCAGGUUCAUAUUUAUCUUAUUUUUAUAUCAUGAGUUCUAUAUAAUGAUACUUAUGUGCCUUUUUAUCGUGGCUAAUAUAGAGAUUUGAAAAGAUGAAGCCCUUUUUUUAGUACCGGCUAUGAAGCUCUAUUUCGAGUAAAAUGUCACAAAAGUCACUCUCACAAAGUCAAAGUCACAAAGCUGAGUGGGCUCUCCAGCCAUUCACUAUAUAUUUUGUAUUUAUAGAUGUACUUUUCUAUUUUGUUGUAUUGCUUUUUAUUUGUGAUUUGGAAAAUGAAGUGUAGUUUAGGCUUGCCAAAUUAAAAAAAAUAGCGAAAACGCGUUGAAAACCACUUACUAUUGAAAUAGCCAACAAUCACUAUG